GUCUCUGUUCGCCUCCUUUCAAAUCAAGAAAGAAUGUGAACCUCAAAACAAAAUCAAAAGUGUCCAAAUCCCUUUCUCUUUUCUAAUUCCAGGUUAUCCACUGGUAAUUCAUCAUGAAGUACAAAGAGGACUGUUUAUCUGGCAUUGUCUCCCAGUAGACCGUCACUGGAAAGAUGGAUGAACAACUUCACAACUCCACAGCAAGUGGCAACACAUCGGUCAUCCUGUCAGUUCCACGUAAUCUUUGGGAAGUCAUCACUAUCGCUACCGUGUCUGCUGUUGCAAGCCUAAUCACCAUAGUGGGAAACAUAUUGGUGAUGCUUUCUUUCAAAGUGAACAGUCAACUGAAGACUGUGAACAACUACUAUUUACUAAGUUUGGCUUUUGCAGACCUCAUUAUUGGAGUGUUCUCUAUGAACCUUUACACGACAUACAUUCUGAUGGGAAACUGGUCUCUGGGGAACUUAGCAUGUGAUCUCUGGUUAGCUCUGGACUAUGUGGCAAGCAAUGCUUCAGUAAUGAACUUGCUGGUGAUCAGCUUUGAUAGAUAUUUCUCCAUUACGAGGCCACUUACGUACAGGGCUAAACGAACACCCAAGCGUGCUGGCAUUAUGAUCGGCUUGGCGUGGCUGAUAUCCUUCAUCUUAUGGGCCCCUCCUAUUUUAUGCUGGCAGUAUUUUGUGGGUGAGAGGACGGUUCCUCCAAACCAGUGCCAGAUUCAGUUCUUCUCAGAACCCGUGAUUACAUUCGGAACAGCCAUCGCAGCCUUUUACAUUCCUGUCUCCAUUAUGACUAUUUUAUACUGGAGAAUCUACAAGGAGACCGAGAAGCGAACAAAAGACUUGGCUGAGCUGCAGGGGAUCACGUCUGUGGAUAGUCACGAUAACCCAAAAACACAAAGACAACGAUCUUGCUUUGCUUUCGGCACUGCCCGACGUAGAACACACGGCUCGUGGUCUUCAUCGAACCAGAGUAACGUGACAAAGACUACAGCACAGUCUGAGGACAUGUGGGUGAAAUCAGAUCAGGCAGCCGCUCUCAACAGCUACACAUCCUCUGAAGAUGAGGAGCAUCCUGUUUCAGAAGCACCAUCUCAAGAUUCCUACAAAAACCAGGAUGAGCCAUCGAACUGUUAUGAAGAAAACCACUAUCUUGCUAAUUCCAUCAAGUAUUGCUCACAGAAGAACAAGAAAUGCAUCUCUUACAAGUUCAAGCCAGUCAUGAAGAACAUCAGCCCCCAGAAAGCCAACAGUGAACCUGUUAAACAUCCUAGCCCAUCAUCACAACACUUAACGCUUACGUCUGCGUCCGCGUCAGCCCAACCUAUGGAUGCCAGUCUCAAAAGUCAAAUCACUAAACGGAAGAGGAUGGUUCUCAUCAAGGAGAAGAAGGCAGCUCAGACCCUCAGCGCUAUUCUCCUGGCCUUUAUUCUGACCUGGACUCCAUAUAAUAUCAUGGUGCUCAUCUCCACCUUCUGCUCUGACUGCAUUCCUGUAUCCCUCUGGCACCUGGGCUACUGGCUCUGCUACGUCAACAGCACCAUAAACCCCAUGUGCUACGCCUUAUGCAACAAAACGUUCCAGAAGACCUUUCGAAUGUUGCUCUCCUGCAAGUGGAAGAAGAACAGAGGAGAGAAGAAACUGCACUGGUGUGGGCAAAACCCACCAAUGACCAACAAACUGACACAGCAAGCAGACUGAGUAAUCCAUGUGGCAAAAAAAAAAAAGAUAUCUUAGCGAAUAAAUAUCUUGACUAUAGUCUAAUUUAUCUCCUAUUUCUCACAUUUCUUUCCUCACAUGUGUGUAGGCACUAUUCCGAUUUAACAUUUGAAAUGGUUUUGUUCAAUCAACAGAUAUUUUGCUUCUUUCUAAUGAAUAAGCUUGAAAUAAGCAAAAUUAUCUUGCAACAGAACAAAACAAUUUGAAGCUUGAAAUUUGUAAAAAAAAAAAAAAAGUCUAUAUAUAGACUUCUAUAUUUAUAUCAAAUAUGAUAUAUUUGAUAAUAUAAUCCAUCCAUACAUUUUCCAUACCGCUUAUCCUACACAGGGUUGUGGGGGAGCCUGGAGACUAUCCCAGGGAACUUGCAGCACAAGGCAGGGGACACCCUGGACAGGGUGCCAACCGAUCACAGGGCGCGAUCACACACCCUGGACAGGGUGCCAACCGAUCACAGGGCACGAUCACACACCCUGGACAGGGUGCCAACCGAUCACAGGGCGCGAUCACACACCCCAGACAAUUUAAAAAUGCCAAUCAGCCUACAACACAUGACUUUGGACUGGGAUAGGAAACCCCUGAAGCACGGGGAGAACACGCAAGUUCCGCACACACGCUGGAGGCAGGAACCGAACCCCAAACCCUGGAAGUGUGAGGCAAACGUGCUAACCACUAAGCCACCACGCUACCCCCAUUUC